AUGGCCCGUCUCGCAGUGAAGAAUAAACGAGCCACUCUACCGCGAGGAUUUGGCUCCACUGAAUGCAUAUAUACUAGCGAUCAGUCGUUAGACAUGCCUGAUAAAGUUAUUAAAGUUUACAAAGCGGACCAGACCUGUAAAUAUUUUAUGGUGUUUAAGGUGAGUUAACUACAGCUUUUCGAAAGAAUAUCUAACUAAAAUAGCCAAAUUUUUUCCAGCUAGCUAAUUCAUUUCCAUUUUCACUCUCAGGCGAGUUAGAUUUUUGAUGAAUUUUCAGCUUGGACUAUGUUAGGAAACGGUUUAAUCAAACCAAAGUAAUUGCCAGAGUAAUUAAACAGACGCAGCCAUUUAAACGGAUCUUGAUGGUGAUACAUGCAUCUAGCGCUAAAGCUACAGUAAAACGGGUAGCCUGCGUAGCAGGCGCUUAGAAGUAGUGGGCGAAAGAGAGAACGGGCGCGCGCGAGGGAGACACGCGAGGGGUUGCUGCCAAACGAACUGAAUACGCGUUUUAACCUGAUUUGUUGCAAGACAGGCUCGAACGUGGGUGGUAAAACGCGUAACAUCGCUAUACAGCUCGUUUUGCAGCAAUGUUGCAAGCUGCACGUUUUUUUGUUGCCAAUUCAAAGCCAAAGCAGUUUAACUUGGGUUUUAAUUUCAAAGCAUCCCAAGGAAGAUAAACAACCAAAAAGUGCGGCGAAAAACACAAAGAAAUAUGAACUUGGUGCAAGGCUAAAAGGGGAGAACUGGUUUACAACUCUUUAUUUUUGAUCGGUACUUAUAAAUCGAUACUGCCAACCGGGACUCUUUUCCUUCACGUGCGCUUUAAUAUAGUUUAUAAAGCAGAUUUUUGACACGUACUGUAUAUAUUUUUUGUUUAUAUUGCGUGGCGCCGUGCACUAUACAAAACUGCGAAAACAAGAACGUUCCAUGGUUUCGAGGCGUGCAUGACCUGUUGUGCUCUAGUUUAAACAUUUUGUCCUUUUAUUGUUAUUUAUCUAUUUUUAGGAAACUACAGCGAGAGAGGUCGUUAAUCGAGCUGUGGAUGCGUUUGGAAUUCCAGACCACCCAAGGUAAGACUGAUUGAAGAGCUCGUGUUAGACGUCUAUCGUUAUUUUGGUGUUCAAGGGUGCUUGUAUGGCUUCAAUAUUGGUCUAGUACUGAUCCACCUUGUCCAAUGUUGUUAAGACGCAACUGACGUAAAACAUCUCUACUUCAGCUAUUUUAGGCGCUAGACAAUAAAAAAGUACCAAUUACUUUUUAGAUAAGGAGCGAAAAUGUUGUUUCCUGGUAUUGCUAAGAAUAUACUUAAGGAAAAUAGCUACAUGUUAGGAUCAUAGUUUCUGCGUUCAUUUCAAGCCUGUCAAGUGAUUAAGAUCAGGUGCCAGGUUCCUUCCCUCAAGUCAAGCAAAUCUCUCCAGUGAUUUAACUCGACAUUUUGUCACGUGAACUUUUUUUUUGCUUCACGUGACUAUUUUUUGCUUCACGCGACUAACGUGUUAUCAGUCACUCGACAAUCGGCGCCAAUAGGGCGUCGUAAGCUCUCACAAACAUGAAUUCAGUACUUCACUUUGAAAUUUCUUUUUUUCUAUUUAUAGUAACUACUCACUGUGUGAGAUUACUGUAGAGGAUGGUGGACUCAUCAAACAAAGAAGACUGCCUGAUAUGCUUCCAAAUCUUCCUGAUAGAAUUCAUUUGAAUGGAAGGUAAGUAGUAACCUAUUAGCUAGCCUGUUGUAAAGAUGUAGCACAAACGUACCUGUGUUUACACAUUACCGCAUCGACCGGAUUGACGUCAUUUCUAUGGACCAUGGAGAAUUGUUGCCUGUUUGUUAAACAGCAUAAAGGCUAUUCAAUUUAGUGUGAACACAUUCUCAGUUUGUUGUGACCACCUGUACGUAUACGAUUACGUUUGUGAAUGCACACACAUGAUUUGUCCACACGAGCGCAAUGAUCUUACGGUUGUCCACACGAACACGCAAAGGAAUUUUAGACGCGAGUUGAAGUAACAGUUAAACGAGAGAGUCAGGCGAGGCGUGUCACCCCAUCAUUGAGAAUGUAAAGUCUAGACGAAGCGCUAAACUACUAUCUUUUGUUACAAGGUAGUUCCCUUAUUAUAGUUUUGUCUUUCUUCUGCAGGUAUUACUUGAAGAAUAACGAAGUGUCGGGUCCUUUGCUCCCAGAUGAGGCAGCUCAGGUCAGCGAAUUUACAUUUUUUGAAUCCUUUUCUUGCCGAAUGCGCUCUAAACCACACUACCUCAGACUCGUUUUCGUACAGGUUUUGUUUUCGAAAGCAACCAUUCUGAAUCAUUCAGUAGGACUCUGAAGUGCUUUUUAUAAUACGUUACCGUGAUGAUAUAAUUUAAGGUUCUGUGGACGAAACUUUAGAAUUAAGCGAAAACCUCUGAAAGUGUUGUCCGCUCUAGGUUAAACUGGUGUUUAUAGGAACUAGGAAGGUUGUGAAAUUAUGCUUUUCUUUAACAUUACACGCAACGGUGCAAUGGUGUCUUAGCUAGACUACUUUCAGUCCGGCGUGAAAACUAAAAUAACUCGAAAGUUUUUACGUUCUGUCUUUUUUGUGGUGCAGGAGCUGGCAAAAGAGUCAAGUUUUAGUUUGUUGCAACUCAAGCCGCGAGAUUUGGCUAAAGAAAUUACGUUACAGGUAAGAAGCUAAAAAUGAAAAAAAGAAUGUUGGUCGAUUAAUCCGCUGUAGCGUAAAUGAAGUAUUAAUUUUGAUCGGCCUUUCUUAGCGAGUUAAAAACUAGACUAUUCCUCCCUUUCUGCAAGUUGUUGUUACUUUCCGUAUGCAGUAUGAAUGUUUUUUUUUAACCUUUCUCGAUGCUUUUGUCCUCUUUAAAGUGAUACAGUUUUUAUCAUUUAUAGGCGAAACAACGACAACGUUUUUUCAUGGAUUAAUCAUCUCUGCGUUCUGUUAGUAGCUACAUUAUAAAUACCCUUUUCCCGCGUUUCAAUUGCUUAAUUACGGUGCAUUUUAGAAGUUUAUAACUUGUCAAAGCAUUUCUUGGCAUCGUGAAAAUUAAAACAACAACUCUUUUAGCGGUCUUUUAAGGACAACGUAUGUAAUAUAUUGAAUAUGAUUUUUUUCGGAUCUUUUGGCUGUACAUUCCUCCAUUUACGCAGAAAGUAAUCGUAUUCCAAGGUCCUUAACAAAAUCAGUUUUGUUUUUCUGAAAACAAAAGGCUUUUCUGUUUUUUCGGUAGGUUUGUUGGCAACGAUAUGUUAUGAGAUGAGUGUAUGAUAUUUUAGUUUGAUAAAUCAAGUUCCAUGUAAUCCUGAUCAGAUUUUUGACGGGUAAAGAGUUUUAUUUUCCUUCAGUUUUUAAUCAAAACAUGUAGCCAGUUUAUUAUGUUGCAAAGCACUAUUCAUUAAAAGCAACUUGCACAGAAGGGGAAAUAGUCCAUUUUAUUUUUCCUGAAGAGCUAAUUGUGGUUUUUAUCUUGUUAUUCUAGGACUUUGAAAUUUUUAGAAGUAUUGAUCCCCGAGAAUAUAUCUACAAGUUAUGGAACUUUGGCCCAAAACUGACGGAAAAUUUAAGAAAAUUUUCUGAGGUAGGAAUGAGUUAAUAGAGAAACGCUUUUCGCACUAGCCUGCGAACGCAGUCGUCGCUUCUCUCCAUCCGAAAAGUAACGAGCAACGACGGGAAAUACGUGUGGGUUCGCAGGCUAUUUUUGCACUGUCUUGACUGAUUUUUCCCGUUUUGUGACGAUUUAGUUCAGUAAGCUCAAAUUAUCCUGUUUUUGUUACCGUUGCAGAUUGUAAAUAAAGAAAUGUUUUGGGUUGUAACAGAGAUAUGCAACGAAUCAAACUUAGUCAAGAGAAUGAAAAUAAUCAAGGCUUUUAUUAAAAUUGCAAGUAAGUGCUUUUCGAUGUUUUUUAAGUUAAAAGGUUUAUAUUUAGUAUACGACUGAGAAACUUGCAUUUUUUUCGAGGAGUUAACUUGGCGUUUACUUCAAUUUUUACAGGGCAUUGUAAAGAAUGCAAAAACUACAAUUCAUUGUUUGCAAUUGUAAGGUAAGUUCUUGAGUUCAUUUCACCCUCUUUGGGAGAAUCCAAGGUUAGAUUCUUGACACCAGAUUCUUUAAAUUUUUAGUCGUUUUGAUGAAAAAGAGGAAAUCUUUUAGCGCAAAUGAGUGAGAACGCGGCAUGCCUCAUAUUUCUCAGUACCAGUACACCGCUUGCCAAUGCACUGUUUCGAAUCCGUGCUCAAAGAAACCCACGGGUCGCGAUAUCCGUAAAAAUACAGCAUUAGAGUCCACUCGGGGUUUCAAGAUUCAAAAUCAAUUUUAAGAAUCCUGAUCACAUUCACUGAUGAAGAUUCCCUAAGGAAACAUAUUCAAAGGGAAUGCUGCAAUGAGUGAUAGUUUUACGUUAAGACUGUUUCUAUCUUUUACAGUGGUCUCGGACAUUCAGCAGUGCAACGGAUGAAGAACACAUGGGACAGAUUACCCACAAAGCAUACCAAGGCAUUUGAGGUGAGUUUAGGUCCUACAGGAGCUUUUUCCAUUGAUCAUAGAAUACAUGUGCACUUUAUUUAUGAUGAUUUAUGAUCUAUCUUUGUUCUCUUUUCAAGGAUCUUCAAGGUCUUAUGGAUCCGUCGAGAAAUAUGUCCAAGUACAGAAAUCUGCUGAACGGGGAACACGGCGAACCGCCUCUAGUAAGUUAAGCCUAUCGCUCUGGGCCCGGUUCCUCGAAAGAUAGUUAAGUUUAACGCAAGAUUAAGCCAAAUUUCAAGCACGAUUUUCUCGUCUAACGACAUGCAAUUCGAGGUUACAAAAUACUGUUGAGCCUUUACUUCGAGGUGCAGUAAUGAUAACACAAAAUAUUACCCUAAGCAAUGCAUAGGAACGUAAAAAACAAAAACGCAACAAAAUUUUAAUCCUGGAUUAACGCUAAUCGGCCUUUCAGGAACCGGGUCCUGGCCCCAGUUGUUCAAAAGGUGAAUAACGCUAUCUGCAGGUUCAAUCACUAUCCAGUGGAUAGCGCAAUUGGUUUCCCCAAUACUUAUCCGUUGGAUAGUGAUUUAUCCUGUGGAUAGCGUUAUCCAUUUUUUGAGAACAACUGGAGCCUGAAGUUUCUGUCCACUUAUAGUGGAGAUCUUGCUACCCCAGUAAUGAUUUUUGACGCAUGCACUAGUAGAUUGACAGUUGCCAUUAUUAUUAUUCUAAAAUUGUAAAUUGAUAAAAUCAUCGACCCAUCGUUAAGUCAUUUUGUUCAAGACUUGUCUACAUGGGACGUGCUCGUAUUUGGUGUCAAAUAUCGACUAAUCUAAAUCUACUGCUUUAACAGACAGAUAAGGGCAUCUUCACAACGAGCUCUGGCUCUCCACCUAAGAACUCUUCACGAUACGGUCCUAUUUUAGUAGCAAAGCGGGCCAACCAGAGGUGUCUGUCACAUAGAUGGUUAAGUUACAGACAGUUUCUCUAGACAGAAACAGCCACUGAUGAGUCCGCUUCCAUAGAGUCAGGUUAACUUCUAGUAGAGAGAAUUUAUUUUUUGUGUUUAAUACUGAGGGGCAUUGUAAUUUUUUUUUCUUUCAGAUUCCAUUCUUUCCCGUCAUCACCAAGGACUUGACAUUUAUCCAUCUUGGAAAUGAUAGCAUUGUGGAUGGAUUGGUAAGCCAAAUUAUCUUGCAGCUUAAAACUCGAUUUCAUUAGCAAUAAGAAAAUGAUUAAGUAUUUGACUAGACUGAAAAUGGCAUUUUUUUAUGUAAUACUCAAACAAAGUAACCGAACUAUAGACUCACAAGUCUCUUCCAUAACCACUACAGAAAUGCCUUCUUUUCAAGUAUAUAAUAUUCCAGUACGCUUAUAUUUAGUCACACAGCACUAGAAAUUACGAACUUUCUCACACUCCAUGAGAAUAGAAUUGUUUAUUUGAAGGUUUGCUGCAUCAGAGUAUGGCAUGAAAAUAUUUUUUCUUUACACAUUUUACAGGUAAACUUUGAAAAGCUUCGACUCAUCGCAAGAGAAGUUCGGCAGAUUUCCAAGUUUAACUCCAUCCCAUACGUAAGUCCUCGAUUUUUCUCAAGUUCUGCGUUGGCCCACUUUAAUAGCCUAUUCAUUUUCUCGUGAAUUGACUAACCGUUCUUUUUAUUUAAUUUUCAAACUUUCAGGAUCCUGACACUAUGUUUGAAGACGAUACAAACAGUCAGGGAGGUCCUGGUAACCAGAAAUUGGUUGGCAUGGUAACAGGUAGCGGCCGAAGAUCGUUGCGUGACCAGAAUCCUAAAAGGAUGUACGAGGAGGUAGGAUCAUAGAAAAACAAGUUCUUAUUACAUAAUCUGUAAGAUUUUUUAUCGUACUUAAUGCAGAAUUUACUAACGCUGUUGCUUUUGUCACGCAGUCCAUGAUGUCACGCAGGGUCCAGCAGUACCUUACAAACCUAACUAUCAUUGAAGACGAGGAGAAGUUGCGUGAAAUGUCAAACAACUGUGAACCUCCUCAGGGAUCCGGUAUGUUAAUCCUUUCAUUCCAGUCUUUCUGUCUCUCUCUUCUAUUAACAGUUAGUAACUUGUUUAGCGGUUUAAUUCAGUUUUCCUUUAUCCCUCGGCCAGCUCAGUGCUUAACUAUAAUAAUAGAUGGCUAAAACGUGAUGUUUCUUGAGUGAGUAGUUGUACAGGCGACUCGGAGAAAAAAAAAAUCCGAAUUUUCCCAACAGAAGUCGAAGCUUUGACCUUCCGGUUACUAGCUCUGUUGCUCUGCCACUGAGUUAUGGAAGACUCGUUCGAUCUAAGGCCAUAAACCUUAUGUUUAUGUGACUAAAAUUCUACAUGAAGCGUUUAUCUGAUAAGUGUAGCAAACUAGCGUGGAAAAAAGCGUGGAGAACACAAACUUAAGAUCUUAUUCCAUGAUAAUGUUCCUUUGCUGAUACGUAUGGUGAUGUUAAUGUAACAACUACGCGCAAGUCCCUAUAAGCACUACGGAAAGAACACAGUAUGUAACUCUGUUAUUCUUUUUCUCUCCUCUUAUUUCAGCUCCUCCGAGCGUACAAACUCGCAGGAAGAACUCGCCCUCGUCCUCGCCGGUCGCUAGUAAGAAAGAUCGGAAAGGAAGCAAACCAAAUGAGCUGACGGGUAAGAUAAUCAUUAUAAGUGUUCAUGAAUCAGUUGAUCUCACUUCCGAUAAGCAUGGAAAUACACCUCUCCUCCCUUUGGUGUUAGAAUUGGACGAUUAAGGAAAGCUUUACUGUUCUUCAGUUAGCGUGUUUCAUCUGGAUGCUAACCCUAUUUUUGUUUUAUCUCCUAGUUCCAUCGCCAUUAGCACUCAAGAAGGAACUCAUUGCAAGUAAGCUAAGCCUUUGUUGUUGUUAUAAUGUUUUGUUCAAAACCUAAGAAGUACAUAGACUUAAAAUUUUGGAGACUUUUCCUAUCUUUUUAUGUAAAAUACGGGGUGGGGAGGAGAUACCAUUUGAGAGUACUACACAAAAGGUUUGAAAGGUCAUUUCAUGGGUUUUGUCCACAGACUUGAACGUUAGAACCACAUUACAUGUCCCCAAAACAGCUGACUGUGGAAUUGUUAUCAUUAUUCUUGUGAGACAGUUAUAUAUUAAUUCCGACCAAACCAAACGAGAUGGUUCUGGUGAAAAUCGUGCUGUGGUGCCCAAGCGUGGAAAGGUCACCCAAUACCGAGCCAAUACCGAGGCCUGAUCGCCCGAUGAUAAUUGCUUCAGAACCUGCGUGAAUUUCAGAGCCCAUCGGAAGCCAGACAAACGUAUUCGUUGAAAAACAGUUUUAAAAUGUCCGUUUUCCCCUCCCUCCCUUUAUUUGCUUUUUUCGUUUCGGGUUUUGCCUCUUAUGGUUUCUUUGCGUUCCUACACUUUGCAGGUGAUCGAAUCUCGGUGUCCUCUACAGCAAGUUCAUCGUCUUUUCCGGAGGUUCAAUCGCCAAAAAUUCUACCCGAAGGUAAACACUCAAAUAAUAUAAUCAUCAUAAUCGCAGACAGUUCCAAUGCCACAAAGCACAUAACAACAACAACAACGACAACGACAACGACGACGACGACGCCACUCAUUUAAGGCGGUUACCGGCCGGACCUUUUAUUUUGAAAAUGAAAUAUUUCGCCUUUUCUCGAAAUUUGUCCUUACACCCACCUCUGCCGAGCAUACCAUAACUGAUUUGGCUUUAUAGUGGUUUUAAAUAGUGAAAUUCUCUUUACAACUGGAUCGGUUUGGCCGGUCAGUUCUAACAAAUGGGAAGCGCCCUAAGACAGACGCCCUGGCUUGUAAAACGUUUUCAAAUCAAAAGUUAAAGUGCAAAUGAAGCAAUCCUUGAUCUUCAUUGGUGUCAUGUUCUCUUAACAGAAGACAUACACGUGUUCCCUGAAAACGACAGAACGUCGUUACCCGAAGAUACAGUACACAUGCAGGAAUUAAGAAGACUUCACUACAAUGAUGAUCAUCGAAGACCUCACUACCGUCAUCCGCCAGGUGAGAUAAAGAAAGCUGUCAACGAUUUUGUAGUCAAGUUAUCGUGAUUCAUAAACUUUCUACGCGACACAAACCACUUGAGUAUUACGCGGUCCUAGCCUUUAAGAUUUUCGGGCAACUAUUCUUGCAACACUCCUUGAAUAAGACGUUUGUUUUCCGCAAAGAGCUACAUCCUAGCAUUAUCGUAGGUAUUACCUUAUCCUCCAUUGAAUGCCUCUUAAGAGGACGCGCGCCAGAUUAACGAAUAGAAUUUUUGGUGCUAGACUUUGUCAGCCGAUUAAACAGCGUAGCAAAGCGGUACCAAGAUAAUAACGAUUAUCUGUUAUUACCGACAUAGAAGCGAGGCGAGGGAUUCAUUCUGCAUUGCAUUAACCGAAAAGCUGCUUUUGUCUUUUAAAUGACUGUAUGACCGCAGGCUCAACUAUAGUGAAUAAAUAUUUAUUUCUGGCACUCAAUUAAAAACGUUUAUGAUAACGAUAAAUUUGCCUGUUUUAUUAUCUUGUAGGUGUGGAAGUGAUUAGACCGGUACAUUAUUCAGGUAAUUAUAUUUUAAAUAAUCUCUUCUGUCGGGGAAUACAAUGUCUCAGUAGGACCAUUGUUUUAAAAAUUCAAAUGAAUAAGAGCUUCAUCAAGACUAAGGCAGCGUUAAAAAAAGAAACAUUUCGAUCAGCAUGACAUUUUGCUGUUGGACAUGUUAGAUAAAACCGUGCACUUUCGAAGAUUCUUAGGAAACUACAACUACAAUGGGUGCAAUGUCGGUAGAGAAAUAAGUUAGCCGAAGGGACCAAAUAUUUGAGCAAAUAAUUAUCUGAAUUGUUGGCUCAUUUUGUCUUUUUCUGUUUCGUAGAAUCAGCAGAAAAUUUACCAUACAGUCCUACGCACCCUACAGCCCCUCAAGAACACCCCUACCACCCUGGUAAGUUGUAUUUUAUGUUUUUUUUUUCAUAACUCUUGAAUUCUGGUUAAUAACUCCAGUAGGCCAGAAAAAACCUGGCCUAAAUGGUUGUGCGUUUGAUUGGUCCUAUUCCUAUCUGACACAUGAGCUGUGAUUGAUUACCAAUUGCCUAUAAUAAACAACAUUUUCUAGCUGUAUUGAGUCCUCUCCAAUAUUCUAGACUACUUCUUGGUUGCCAAUACGAUCCCAGAAAUCCAAGUGGCAAAAGCUAGUGUCCAUUCUCCCCAAUUAGGUAACGUGAUCAAGCGAUCAGAGCACAGUAGGCCCCUUUUUCACGUCCCACCUUGGCCCUUACCUGGAUUUGAUAACCUAGCUCAACCUCUCGGGCGUGGUUGUACAUAGCCAGCUGGUUUGCCUCCUGUCACUUAGGAUUCUUCACCUUGUUAUGUUUCAUUUAAAUAAUUCCUUUUUCUCGCCACAAGCCUUUCUGCCGAGUUCCAAAAACCCUCAGUUUCAAAAUGAGGCCAGGUGCUCAACCUUUCUUGUGAAAUUGAGUUUUAUUUGCAUGAGAAUGAAAAAUCAUUUCCAUAUCAAAGGCUGAGCACUUAACCUCGUUUUGAUACAGAGGCUCGGGGGAACUCUGAAAUGGCCUAUUGUGAUACGUAUCUCACUUGUACCCAAUCUCCUCUCAAGGUUGAAUCACGACUUGCAUUUCAAAUAAUAAGAUCGUGUUAUGAGUUUAUUAGUUACCCGUAUUAUCAACGCCGGGAUGUUAUAGUGGGUACAUCCUCUCACAGGUUAGGGUUUUCGCUUGUUUUCCAGGUGUCACGUACCCGUAUGGAGGGUAUCACCACUAUCCAGUUGACCAAUACAGAAGAGUAGAUUACGUAGAUAGUUACGACGGUGAGUCUUUCUAUGGUUAUGAAAGCCUUGUUUAUGUACUUCUCUUUGCGUUUCUUCGUAUUUGUCCUUUCCUUCCAUGUGAGCAUCGAAUUAUCUAAUUUUUUUUGUUUUGUUUAAUUUUACAGAGGAAGAGGGUCAAGUCUCGGCAGUUUGACAUCGUGUUAGGUAAGAAAAAAUGUCGGCUUAUUGAUAUAUCUAGCAAGAGAGAAAUAAUGGGCCAGAGAAGGAAAAGCUCACGCUCACUCUAGGCCGUGGUAUAUGUGAAUUAUUUCACCAAAGUUAUUUUUAGACCAAUUAAAAGCUUGAAAUUAGUCGGAAGUUGGUUUUCGGAGAGGUCCACAAACUUUUAUCUGCAUUUUCUGCUUUGAGACAGUGGCGCGUGGACUUAAUGAUGUUUCAAACAAUCGAUUUAAAUAUGCGGAUGUCUUAGGAAUUCGAGCUUCCGUUUAAUUACAGCCUCUAAAACUCACAUAUCCUGGCAGACACCUUAAGAUUCCCUGUCUGUUCCAUUAUUCUUUCUUAAUAUUUAUAUUUAGUAAUGUUUUCAUUGUUGCUUUUAUUCAUGCAUAUAUUUAUCAUGGUCCACGUAUUGUGAGCUCGACUUAAAGUUUUUCAGUCGUUUCAACAUAAAAUGGAGAUUUUAAGGCUAUUUCAAGGAUUAGUUUUGUGGUAUAAAAGACAGUUAAAACUGUGUUUAAGACUUAGAUUUUUUGUUGUCUUUCAGGUCUCAAGAGCUUUCUACAAAGCUGUAUUCCUCUCCGUCGAAAUAGAUGUUUCAAAUCCAAGGCUUUUUGCGCGGCGUGCAAGCUUGCCGAAAAAAAGAGAUUUUUCUGUUCACUUCCUGUCAAGCCUUAAAUUAAGAAAUGUAAUUUUUUAAUGUUCAGUUGUUUCAAAGCUGAAUGUAUUUCUUUCCUUUUAAGCUUGGGUGGUCAGAGAUGCGUGGUGGUUGUGAAAAAACUUAAGUUUUUGUGGGAUUCAAGUUAAUUUAGAUUGUCGUUGUUGUUGUUUUUUCUUUCUCUUGUAAAGAAAUGUUGAAACGAGGCUUUACGAAUAGGCCACUUUCGAGUUCCAAAAACUCCCAAUUUCGAAACGAGACUAAAUGCCAAACCUUUGUUGUAAAAAUGAGUUUUAUUUGCAUGAAAACAAAAAAUGAUUUUCGUGUAAAUGGCUUCGCGCUUAGCCUCGCUCUGAAACAGAGGCUUGAGACAGCUUGGAAAUGGCCUAUCCACCUUGUUUGUUGUCCGCAUGCGUAGUAUUCGCAAGACGCGCAAUUACGCUUGUACGUCUAGCGUCUUCUUUAAUGAUCUGGCACGUGCCACACAGUAAACAAAACGCAUGUACAGACGCAAAAAAAUAUAUCCCUCUACAAAAAGAAUAAAAACAGCGGGUGUUGAUCGCCUGCCUCGCUUCAUAGUUAGAUGUUUAUGUAGCUUAAAGUCUAAUUGAGUCAAUGUAUGACAUAUUUACUCAGAAGGAGGGAAAUACCACCAGUUGUGGUACGUAGUAUGGGGAACCAUUUGCUUGUCUCGAUGACUCGUGAAUUAAAACAGACCUAAAUAUUCAAACCUUAUUAAUUUAGGUAGAAUCGUGAAUAAGAAACUACAAUAGUUAUGAAAAAAAACAUACAUUUUAUUUUAAUCUCAAAAAAUUAAGAGAUGUACCUACUCAUGAGUUUACGAAUCUUUUCUACUAACUGUAAAUACAUCAUAGGUUACGAUAUAAGUACAGAUUAUUAAAAAACAACUUUUGUAAGCCAUUGCGUUUAUUUUGUUGCAUACGUGAU